AUGGAAGAUGAUAACAAGAGUGAAUCGACGAUCGAUGAAGAUUGGGUAAAAGGAGACUCGGUUUCAUCCCCAUUGGAGACAGCCCGCGAUGCUGGAGUGCAGUUGUCAGAGGGUUUGUCUGAUGUUGAUAGUACGUUUGAUAAGUUAACGCUGAACGAAUCUGAUCGAUCGCGUCAAAUCAAAAUCUCUCACUUAGAUCGCUUUCGUCGAUUGCAGAAAUAUUUGGGAACGCAAAACAAACCGGGUAUACCGCAUGAAUUUGUUUACAAUGGUGAAGAUGCGACAAUCAUUCGUGAGGAGUGUACUAAAUUAGCGGAACUUUAUCACCUGAACAGCUCAGAUGCCAAAGAUUUUGAAAAAAUAAUUGGACUAUUCUGUGAACGUGAAGAGUGCCGUUUCGAGGUUGAAUGGAUGAAUAUUAUCGAGAUGUUAAUUCCUUUUCGUAGCUCUCUAGACUUCGUCUACAACGCUUUCUGCGCUAUCACAACCAAAUAUCUACCCAGGUCAACAACAAAAGGUUCAGUCUGCUACCAUCUUAUGCACUUGAUCUUGCAAUAUCAUGAUCCAUCGCUAACCACUCAUCUGAUUUCUCGUAAGCUCAACUGCUACGAAUUCGCAUAUCCAUGUUUUUCAUCACUCUUCGUAGGCACUAUGGAUCGUCAAACUCUUUACUCUGUUUGGGAUAAGUAUUUCGAAAAGGGUGAUCCAUUUUUACUGUUUACAAUGCUCCUGGUUUUCAUGGUCAAUUGCUCAGAAGAACUCGUCAAAAUGAGUGAAAAUCAAAAGAUGGUCGAUUUAGUUGUCUCAUCGAUGCGUCUCGUUUCUGAAACUGAUGUUGAUGACUUAUUAGAUGUUUCUGGACAUUUUUUAUCAAUUACACCUCCUUCUAUCAAACAGGAUUUUCAACGAAUUUUGUUCGGGUCACGUCUCGUAAGUGUCAAGCAAAUCGAUAUGGCUGGCCUUUUGGCGCUUCCUGUAGAUCCACGUGACCUCAUCCGGAUGAACGCUGAUGAGAACUCAGACGAAUCAAAAUUCAACUUUUUCAUAAUCGAUGCGCGUCCUCACGAUGAUUACCUUGCUGGGCAUUUGGAAGGUUCAUAUAACUUGGAUUCGAGUUUGUUUGUGGAAGCACCGGAUCGUUACAAGAUGGCUCUUUCUAGUUUGGAUGCAUAUCGGAACGCUUCUCGUCGAAACCACCAUCUACUGUUUUUGGGUGCAGGGCAUGAGCAGUAUGAUCUCUACUUAAAUAUGGUUGUCGCUAAUUUUUUGCAACAAGAAAGAAAGCACGUUGCGCUUGUUGAAGGUGGUUAUAAGGCACUUCAUCAUUUGCUCAGUUCUAAUCUCCAGCGACUCGAGGGCCAUUGUCCUGAAAAAUGCAAAGAAUGUACUGGAUCGGUUCAUGAAGAGAGCGAUCUCGACACUGCUCAACGCAGAAAAUCAUCUUGGAUGACUGGUGUGAGUAAUCUUUUUGGUGCUGUAAAAGCAGGUGCACCGACCAUAACCGAGAAAGUAUUGAGCUUGACUCAAGCCACAACAAGGACGUGUGAUACUCAUGUAGCAACCAGUGAACGGCAUGGGAAACGAUAUCGCAAUGAAAGAUCAGUGUUCACAUUGAGUGAUUCGGAUUCGGAUUCAGAAGGUAUCGAAGUCAUAUCGGAUGGUUCCGAUCAAAAGACUGUGAAGUGUUAUUUGGCGUUAACUAGGACACAUAUUUACGUUCUUCAUCAAACAGAGAAGCCUGAUGAAGUAAUCACCCAUGCACGACACAUUUACAGUUCUGUGUUGCGUGUAUCCAGUAAAAAGAAAUUGCCAGAGAUGAUUACUUUUAAAUUUGGUUAUUCUACCGAUGAUGGCGAGUAUAAGGAGACAUGUGUUGAACGAUUCGUAUUACCAAGAGCGGGUGAGUGUGUGAAGGCAAUCAAAAUGAACAUCGUUAAUUUGCAACCAGGUCUAUUGUUAUGA